UUUAUUUUAUUACCCCCAAGUCAUUGCUGAAAUGGUCACAGGUUAUGGGCCCAGUCCACCAAGAAACCAGUGGAAGAAGUGAUUUUUGAUGGGGAUGAACGAAAAUUUGAGAUAUGGGAAACAAAGAUUUUAGGUUACAUCAUAGUCAUAAGAAAAAGAGAUAGUCUGGGUACCCGGGCCGUUUAUUUACGUUUGUUUUGUUUUACGGCGCAAUGAUGAAAUUAUUGCGCCGAGACAAAUUGAGACAAAUUUGGUCUUCCGAAGAUUGCGGACGCUUUUCUGUAACGGAAAAUUUGUAAAACUUAAAAACCAUGAAGGAUUUCUGAACCUGAUCCUGAUUAUCAUUUAUCUUGCGAAAAAUUGCAUGUGACGAUAGAAGUAAUUGGAUUUGGUCAGUUUUCAGCAAACAAUCAUGGCAGAAAUAAGAAUUAGUGAGAAUGAACGUAACGAAAAUCGGAAUAUUAAUGAUGUGGAUGAAAACGAAAGUCAUGAAAACGAAGAUCAGGCGCUAUCAUACUGCGAAAGGUGUGGAAAAAGAUGCAAGUCUGCCCGUGGGGUCCUGCAACAUCUACGUUUCUGUAAAUCAAACGAGGUGAAUGAAGACGAAGUUAGUCAACCUCCACCACAAGCUCCAAACAACUCGUUAGCAGUGGCAGACCAGCGAAACAAUUUCGAGAUUACUGAAAAAUUCUAUUGGGGAGAUGUGAGAGGAAGCAUUGCUAAAGAAAACCUUAAAACGUGUUAUGAGAAAAUCGUGUAUUGGAGACGCAACUUGUUCAUGUUGCCAAACGGUGCGGUCGGUAAAUCGUUCAUUCGUGAAAUCAACCGAUUGUUAAACUCCUGGUGUGAGAAUAGUCCACUAAAAGAAUGUGUAAUGACAGCUAUACACGUUAUGCCAGCAUUGCUGUUACAAAAACCAACAAAGACCUCAAAAAGUCGUGAUCACGUCAAUGCUCUUGAGCGGAGGUUAGUAUACUGGCGAAAUGGAGACUUUCUAAAGCUACUUGCUGAGGCAGCGGCUAUACAGUCAAGAAUGUCAAGCAAAAACACAAAAAGGGACAUCAACACUAUAUCUCGGAGGUUUAAAGAUUUAAUGCAGAAAGGUAACGUUAAUGGAGCGAUUAAACUGAUAACGAACAACAUGACAGGUGGGGUAUUGCCAUUAAAUAAUCAGACUAUCGAUCUGCUACGGAUGAAACAUCCCGAAGCAAAAGAGGCUGACGAAGACGCGAUAAUGCAAGGACCAACGAAAACAGUCGAGCCGAUUAUCUAUGACGUGAUAGAUGAAGCCAUGGUUUUAAAAGCUGCACUAUUGACGAAAGGUGGUGCAGGACCCUCUGGUAUAGACGCCGAUGGCUGGAGAAAGAUCCUCACAUCCAAAAUGUAUGGUGAAGGUGGAAAAGAUCUUCGAACUGCAUUUGCAAAUGUAGUCAAGAAGAUGUGUAUUGAAGAAUUUGAUGAUGGUACAUUGGAAGCUUUGUUAGCAUCAAGACUUGUACCAUUAGACAAAAACCCAGGUCUAAGGCCAAUUGGAGUUGGAGAAGUUUUGAGGCGAAUUGCGGGGAAAAUUGUUAUGAGUGUUGUUAAACAAGAUGUCGUUGGUGCAUCAUCUAAAUCUCAAAUGUGUGGACAAAAAGCAGGCAGUGAAGCAGCAAUCCACGCAAUGAAAGUGAUGUUUGAAGAUGAUAACUCGGAUGCAGUUUUACUUGUAGAUGCAGCGAAUGCUUUUAACAGCUUGAAUAGAUCGGUAUUACUACACAACAUCGGAAUUAUCUGUCCUGAAAUAUCGACUUUUGUAAAAAAUUGCUAUACGCGACCAGCACGACUCUUCGUCAUUGGAGGUGCUGAAUUGCUAUCUAAAGAAGGUACAACACAAGGCGACCCUGUUGGUAUGGCGAUAUAUGCAAUAGGAAUUACACCCCUUCUCGAUUCUCUGGUGUAUCUCAUUGGUACAGAUCAUAACAAGACAGUGGCCUUUGCUGAUGACCUCACCGCAUCUGGCAAUCUUGAGUCAAUACGAAAAUGGUGGGACAAUCUGACGCGAAUCGGUCCCAGUUUUGGAUACUUCCCACAACCAGUAAAAUCUUGGCUGAUCGUGAAAUCAAGUAAACUUGAACAAGCCAGAAAGCAGUUCGAAGGUACAUGCAUUCAAAUUACUGUUGAGGGUGAAAGACACCUGGGUGCUGUAAUAGGAAGCGUUGAAUACAAAGAGACGUAUGUAAAAGCGAUGGUGACCAAAUGGGUCAGGGAGAUCAAUCUACUGUCAGACAUAGCAGUAACGCAACCUCAAGCUGCAUACAUGUGCUUUGUAGAUGGCUACAAGAACAAAUUUACAUACUUUCUAAGAACGAUCUUUGGCAUAGAAGAGUUCCUGACACCUCUCGAUGAAGUUAUUCGACACAAGUUUAUCCCUGCGGUAACUGGUGGUCACAUCGUUAACGAUAACGAAAGGAAACUUUUAGCACUCCCUCCGAGGCUUGGUGGAUUGGGAAUAGAUGUGUUUUGUAAAAAUGCAACGAUCGAGUAUGAGAACUCGAGAAACAUGACAGCCUCGCUGAGAAGUCAAAUUCUCAUGGUGAACAAUGAAGAAGGUGACAAGUCCAAACAACAAAUUCAAUCAGAACGACGCAGACGCUAUCAACAAGAUCUUGAAGCAUUGCGAGCUGAGAUGACAGACGAGGAGAAACGAAUCAAUGAAUCUAAUAUGCGAACGGGAGUCUCAAAUUGGUUGACAACGCUUCCACUUAUAGAGUGGGGGUACGAUUUGACAAAGCAACAGUUCUGGGAUGCAAUCAAGAUUCGAUACAACUGGCAACUGGAACGAUUGCCCUCCAACUGCAUAUGUGGUGUUCGGUUUGAUUUAAGCCAUGCAUUGUCAUGUAAAAAGGGUGGACUAGUCACACUUCGACACAACGAGAUUCGCAACAUAACUGCAGACCUUCUCAAGGAAGUAUGUAAAGAUGUAAGAGUAGAGCCGAGUCUUCUUGAAAUCAAUGGCGAAAGAUUCCAACAACGCAUGGCAAACGACGGAAAUGAAUCAAGACUGGAUGUGAGUGCACGCAGUUUCUGGAUUCCUGACCAAAGAGUAUUUUUAGACAUAAGGGUAUUCAAUGCCUACGCUCAGAGAUACAGGAAUAUGGAAAUAAGCAGAACCUUCCAGAAAAACGAAACGGAAAAGAAGAAGCAGUAUAACGAGCGCGUACUUCAAGUGGAGAAUGGUUCCUUUACACCUCUUGUAUUCGCGACAAAUGGUGCGAUGGGCGAUGAGUGCAAAGCCUUUUUUAAACGCUUAGUCGAUAUGAUUGCUGAAAAACGGUCCAUUCCGGUAUCUUUAGCGACGAAUGUCAUACGAAAAAAGAUAUGUUUCUCGUUGCUACGGUCGACAAUUCGAUGUGUUCGGGGUUCUAGAUCGACGCUAGAUAGGGAUAUUAAUCUCAAUGACUUUGCGUUGGCGAAUAGAGCUUCAAUUUACGAUUGCAUCUAAAUGUACUGUUAAAUCAAUAUUAGUUAUAUGUCGUUUCGUAUCGUAAUGUCACCCUUUCAAUGUUCAAAGUGUUAUCUUUCCAUGUAUAAUGUCUUUAGUCAUUUGUGUUUUAUAUUGUAAAUUCUAGGUUGGUUUAUGUUAAUAUAUUAUUAAUUGGUUUAUUAAAAAAAAAAAAAAAAAAAAAAAAAAAUGAUGAAAUUAUUGGGGUGGCCGGAGCAACCAAAGUUGGUUGAUCAAGUAAUGAAAGUUAUUGAAAGAGUGAUUGAUAAGUUACUUAGAGAAAGAAUUGAUAUAGAUAAGAUGCAAUUUGGUUUUGUUCUAUGGCGUGGCACUACAGAUGCAAUAUUUUUACUCAGACAGCUUCAAGAAAAGUACUUAGGAAAGAGAAAGAAUCUCUAUUUUGCCUUUGUAGAUUUAGAGAAAGCUUUUGAUAGAGUGUCACGUAAAGUUAUUUGGUGGGCUAUGAGAAAAAUAGGUGUGGAUGAGUGGCUAGUUACGAUAGUACAGUCUAUGUACAGCAAUGCUUAAAGUCGUGUCAGGAUUAACGAUUCACUUAGUGAUGAAUUUAGUGUAAAUGUUGGUGUACAUCAGGGUUCUGUACUUAGUCUUUUGUUGUUUGUUCUAGUCUUGCGCUGUCGAUGGAGUUCAGAACAGGUUGUCCAUGGGAGUUAUUGUAUGCAGAUAAUUUGGUUCUCAUAGCAGAGUCGAUGGAAGAAUUAGUUGAAAAGUUUGAAAAGUGGAAGAAAGGACUAGAAGAGGGCUAAGGGUGAACACAGCAAAGUCUAAAUACAGAACCCUGAUGUACACCAACAUUUACACUAAAUUCAUCACUAAGUGAAUCGUUAAUCCUGACACGACUUUAAGCAUUGCUGUACAUAGACUGUACUAUCGUAACUAGCCACUCAUCCACACCUAUUUUUCUCAUAGCCCACCAAAUAACUUUACGUGACACUCUAUCAAAAGCUUUCUCUAAAUCUACAAAGGCAAAAUAGAGAUUCUUUCUCUUUCCUAAGUACUUUUCUUGAAGCUGUCUGAGUAAAAAUAUUGCAUCUGCAGUGCCACGCCAUAGAACAAAACCAAAUUGCAUCUUAUCUAUAUCAAUUCUUUCUCUAAGUAACUUAUCAAUCACUCUUUCAAAAACUUUCGUUACUUAAUCAACUAACUUCAAACCUCUAUAGUUACCUCUUUCUAAUGCAUCACCCUUGCCCUUGAAACAAUUCACUAUUACACUCGACUGCCACUCACUCGGAAUAGCACCAUCCUUUAUAAUUUGAUUAGCAAAACUUGUAAUAAGCUCAGCUCCAAUAUAUCCAGAUGCUUUUACCAUCUCUGCAACAAUACCUGAUACUCCUGCAGACUUGCCAAUCUUCAAUUUCCUAAUAGCCUCCACUACCCAUUAUGUCUUGAUCUGCAUAGCUGACCCUUCUACAACAUCAUCAUCAGACAAAUUAUCCUCAUCGCAAUCAAACUCAGUGUUAAGCAACCUCUGAUAAUAGUUCUUCCAAGCUACCUUUUUCUCCUCCUUUGUGCUAGCCAAAACACUUUCAUCAUUACGUAUACACUUCUCACCUACAACAUCUUGAUUAGUCUUCUUCAUUUGCUUUGCUAUCUUGAAUACCUCAUUGCGCUGGUCUUCCCUUCUUAACACAUCUGUAAAUCUGUUUCUCUCUGCUUCUGAUUUUGCCUUAUACACUGCUGUACGAGCACGUC